AUGUCUAAUAUUUAAGGUUAUAGUAAAAUAGAAGAACUAAGAAAUUUAGAAAAGAUCUACACUCAGUCUAAGCAAUAAUAGAAUAAAAACACGAAAUUUAAGGAAUUUGAUUUAUCUUACAAGGAUUUUUACUAGUAUAAUGACCUUGUGAGCAAGUAGAAAAUUUUAGAUGAGAAGAACUUCUAUAAAAAAAUACAAAUGGGACAAUCUAAAAAUAAUAAAAGUGUUGAAGAGGAUAGCAGUUCAGAAGAAGAAGAAAAGGAGAGUGAGAGCCUUUUUGAACAAGAAAAAGAUAAAUAUGAAGAGCAUAUUGAUAGUACUUAAGCAGAAUCUCUUCUUUAAGAUUUUUAUGAAGAGGAGGAAAAUAAAAUCGAUCCAUUUACUCAUAAAUGCAAUGACGAAUACAACAUUAACCUUAAAAAACAAAGGAUUGCCUACUAUUCUUUGAUAGCUUUGAUAGGAUUAACUAUAAUUUAAAAUUUAGUUUAGCUGAUUGACUCAUUUCUUCAAGUUGACCCAAAAGAUGCUAUUUUGUAAGAAAUGAAAUACUACAGUCCUUACUUAAAGUUUUUAGAAUUUAGCUGUCUAUUGAUAUUUGCUUAAUAAAUUGGGUUAAAACUUAAAGAAUUAGUGAAUAAGAGAAAAAUUAUCUACGCUAAUGUAAGUUUUAAAAAAGAAAAAUUGCUUACUAAAAUAGUUGUCAUAGUUGAGAUUUGUUACUAAAUUGUAAUAUAUUACUUGAACCAAUAGAAUUCAAAUAAUAAUAUUGAAGAUCAAAAAGCAAUAGAUAUAACAAUUUUAGCGAAAAUAUUUUUAAUUAGAUCACUGAAUAUUAUCAUUUUAGUUAUCAUGUAUGCACUGAUGCUCACAAUUCAGGUUCUCUAGUCACGUUUAAUUAAUAAUAUUCUUAAAAAACCUCUUGAAUAAUCUUGCAAUUCAUUAUUUUAAAAUGAUAAUAAUGAAGAUGAAAGCACCUCAUUAUUUUGA